AUGUGUUUUGGCAUUAACGUGGCUCCAACAAUAAUGACCACGAUUCUUCGGCAUGUGCUCAAUUUAAAUCCAACUGUAAAGAAAGCAUGUGAUAACUACAUUGAUGAUAUAUUUGUGGAUGAAAGUGUGGAAACUGCGGAAAAUGUAGCGAAGCAUCUGCAUAAAUUCAGGUUACAAUGUAAACCUCCACAAAAUCUUGAACAAGGACGUGUCUUCGGAUUGAGAGUCGAAAGAAAUAAAAAUGGGGAACUGAUAUGGAAACGAGACAAUGUGGUACAGUUUGAACCUUUAAAUGCAGUCACACGAUCGCAGCUUUUUAGCAAGUUAGAAAAACUGAAAGAUUUGCUUCACCGUGUGAAAAAGGAGGAUCCAGUUGGUGGAAAAUGGUUGGUACCAGUGAAUGGAAAAGCUGAGCUUUAUCGUGAUGCAUCAUCCAUAGGACUUGGGGUAGUUCUGCUCAUUGGUGGAGUAGUUGUUAAAGACGCAGCAUGGCUAUGGCGAGCAAGUGACACACACCAUAUCAAUAUAAGUGAACUGGAUUCGAUACUUCGUGGACUAAACUUAGCUAGUAAGUGGGACAUAAAAGAGUUAACAAUAUACAGUGAUAGCAAGAGCACCGUAGGAUGGUUAAACGCAGUUUUGAAGGAAAAGUAUCGCGUAAAAACUCGUGGAGUUUCUCAGUUGUUAGUACAAAGACGGUUAAAUACUAUUAAGGAAGUGGCAAAAGGUUUCCAGAUUGUAGCACAAUGGAUUCCAUCCGAAAUAAAUUUGGCUAAUCGACUCUCACGAAUCCCUCAAAAAUGGUGCAGAACAGUGUGUGCAGUUGAAUUACCUGAACAAAAAGACAUAUGGAAAAUUCAUUCGAUUGGUCACUUUGGUGUUGAUCGAACAUUACAACUUUGCUUGCGAAAUAACCACUAUGUAUCACGUAAGGAGGUUUCAGUAGUAAUAGCAAAUUGUAACCAGUGCAACUCCAUCGAUCCUUACUCCGUACAGUGGAAGCAUGGUCAACUAAGCGUAGAAAAAAAUUGGAAUCGGGUUGCCAUUGGCUUCACACAUGUAGGUGCUGAACUGUACUUAUCGAUGAUUGAUUGUGGUCCAUCACGAUAUACAAUAAGGCGUAAACUAGUAGCUUAA